CGGCUCGUCGUCCAGCCCCGCCAUCCGUGGCUUGUCGCACCGCCAUCCUCUUCGGCCCACGUCUAACCUCCUUCAUGACGUCCCGAGUUGAGAAGGAGCUAGCGCGACCGGGCUGGCCUUAGGAUGCUCGAGCUUCCCACGAGAAGCUGGAAACGAAGGAGGGAGGAUACGAGGCCGGUGGACAAGGAGAGGAAAAGGUCAUGCUCGAUCAGUGUUCGUACAUUGAUCGUUAUCGUCGCCUUGGCCGGGACGCUGACUGCAUGCUCGCAGCUGUUCGACUUGCCUGGCAAAUUGGCUGGGGCUGAGGUGUCAUCAUCUUUGGUCCAUCGACAUGUGCCGUGUCGCAUGUCGGUCUGGACGGCUGCGCCACGGCCCACACGUCAGUCACAGAAGGUUCCUGCUCUGAUCAGCUCUUUCCGCCUGGUUUGCGUUGGUACUUCUGUCAUCGCCGAGAUUCGCUGCUUGUACACCGGCUUCUACUACAUCAGCCGUCUCGCGCUCUCGAUCAAUGGCAUGCUAUGCACACCGUCUUGUCUCGCGACGCGCGAGGCCAUCAUUGCUCGUGUCGGGGCUUCUGGAGCUGCCUUGAGCGAUUUGGGCGUGCACAGUAUUGCGCAGCGUCCGCCCAUGAGUCACGCUACUCCAGUAUAGGUGGUGUCGUUAUUCGCAUGAUGCAUAUGGGGCAGCCUACCUACUGGUAUGGCACAUGGCAGUGCACGCGCCCCAAGGCUGUCGUUGUUGGCAGGCCAAGACCUGUCUUUGAUUGAUGGAGACCGUGACUUUGGUAUGUAUGUCGUGGCAGUGUCUGUCUGUCCCAUUUACGCGAGUGCUGUAUGCGCGACUCUAUAUAAGUAGAGGCAGCUCGCUACAACUUA